UUGCACCACACACUACAGUAAUAGUAAAGGAUUAACUGUUCGUCGGAUAAAGACAAAGUAAACAAACCAUACCAUGAUGGCGACAGAGACAGCCGCUCCUAUGGAGCAACAACAGUAUGACGAAGGAGAAAUGGAACAAGAAGAAGUGAGUUCUCGAGCUACGAUUGUAAUGUCGAUGAUUGAAACAUUGGAUCCCAACGUUUGAAGCUUGUCGGCACGCAAUUUCACGACAAACUUAUUCCGCUCAACKAACAUUCUAYCGYGAUCAAACCKUGGUGCUUUUCGAAUCUUACAACAAAUGUUUCCAAUUUUUUGUUCCUGCCUCGAAGUCUGCCACUACCUACCAACCGAUCGAUCUCCUCGCAGAACACGGAAUUGCMACAAAUGACAUUCAAAAGCUUCAAAAUGCCGGGUAUUACACGAUCGAAUCGGUGAGUCCGUUGCCAUAGACAAAGGAAUGACUGCGAACURUGUUCCAGAUUCGUGGGUAAUGACCGUAUGAAAACUGUAAGUGUGCGCUGUCCCUCACCGAUAUUCCUGCCAUUUGUGCAUACCGUACGGCACAUCGUUCCUCGCGUUUUGUUCUAUUAUUCUUCCAUCUUUCAUCAACGUUGCUCCCAAUCCAAAAGAUUGCCCAUGCCACUACCCGUCGACUCUCGGACGUCAAGGGAAUUUCGGAAGCCAAGGUUCUCAAAUUGAAAGACAUCGUGAAACAAAUGGUAUCUAUGGAAUUCAAAACUGCGGCGGAUGCCUUGGAAGACCGACAGACAAUAGCCAUGCUCACGACAGGAGCCGUCGAAAUAGACAAAUUACUGGAAGGAGGAAUCGAGACCGGAUCGAUUACCGAAGUCUUUGGCGAGUUCCGAACCGGAAAGACCCAGCURUGCCACACCCUAUGUGUGACAUGCCAGAUGCCGGUCUCGGACGGCGGGGCGGAAGGAAAAGCCAUAUAUAUUGAUACUGAGGGGUCCUUUCGACCCGAGCGCCUCCGGGCCAUUGCCGAACGAUUUGGCCUCGAUCCGGCCGUAGUCUUGGAAAACGUGGCCUGCGCUCGGGCACACAACUCGGAACACCAAAUGGAACUCCUCAAGGUUGCCGCGGCCAUCAUGUCGCAGGACCGAUACGCGCUAUUGGUGGUGGAUUCCGCCACGGCUUUGUUUCGAACAGAUUAUACGGGCCGCGGAGAACUGUCCGAGCGGCAGAUGCAAAUGGGACAGUUUCUCCGGCAAUUGACGCGAUUGGCAGAGGAAUUCGGAGUAGCCGUCUUUAUCACCAACCAGGUCGUUGCCAAUCCCGACGGAAUGAGUUUUGCCAAAGAUGCCACRAAGCCAAUUGGGGGAAACAUCAUUGCGCACGCCUCAACCACGAGGCUGCGUUUGCGAAAGGGACGAGGCGAGAAUCGGAUAAUGUCGGUCUACGAUAGCCCCAGCCUGCCGGAGGCCGAUUGCCAGUUUGCCCUCUCGAACGCCGGAGUUUGCGAUGCCACGGAUUGAGCAUAUAGAUUUUGGAAUAUUACGCCUUCCCAUAGAGAAAAGCGAUGUGAAAAAAAUGCAUCUUUCGUUACAUCUUCACCUUUMAAAGUUUGUGGUUUGUACGGUGCUGUAAUUGGUAGAUCUACGAWUCAGUUCAGAAGAGAUAGCAAUGAAUCCUUGCUGGCACUUGAAUCAAUGAAAAAAAAUCACUGUAGAAAUUUUAUUUCUGACCCUAAAUCCGUCGGUAUUGCAUUACUACAGACAGAAGWACUCAGUAGUGUUGUGACAAAUUGUCGGAAGGAAUAUAAUUUAAAACUUUUU